CUGAGGGCGCCUCUGCCUAUCUGUUUGAGCGCGCUCCCCUUCAUUUGGUAGCAUCUGAUCGAGAUAUUGGGCGUGUAAGCAAGUAUAGAUGAACUAUAUAAACAAAACACCGCGCAGGGCUCUCCUUCGCAAACUUUUCUAUCCCACUCAGUCACAACUGUCUUUUCCAUAUUUGGACUCCGACCGUUGAAACAGGUGGAACGACCACUUCUAGUACACUGAGAACAUAACAGCAACACGGAACAAGGACCAAAUGUCCGCAGCCAAGACGAAGACUAUCGCCGCAUUUGGCGCGACUGGCGGUGUAGUCGGAUCGAGUCUUGCGCGUGCGCUCAGAGCUGGGCACUUUGCCAACGCUCUUGCCCGCAACCCCGAGAAGCUCUUCAACAGCUUGAUCACCAGCCACAAUGUGCCUGUCCAGACUUUGGACAAGUACCUGACAAUUGUCGAAGGGGACGUCCGUGAUCGAGCCGCGGUAGCACAGACCCUUUUAGUGAAACGAACGACGGACAGAGACGAUGAUGCCGAGGACAAUGAUAUUGCCCGGGACGUUGCGGACGUUAUCCUGAGCGGCAUUGGUUCGUUCCCGUACUUCCAGUGGAGUAUUCGGACGCCAUUCCCCCUGCGUGACCCGACGAUCACAGAGGAUGGGGUUGCCACUAUUUUCGGAGCACUAGACGACAUUUUUGCCGGUACUUUCUCUGGGAAAAGUGCGGCAAACCGUGAUGAAGGUGGCAUGACGCGCCGCCGUAGACCUUCAGCACCCGGCAAAAAGCCCCUGCUCGUGGUAGUCAGCACUGCUGGAGCUAGUCGCACGCAAGCAAUCCCGUGGCCCAUCCGCUGGCUAUACAACUACCUCCUGGGACCUCCACUCGCCGACAAGAUCAAGAUGGAGCAGCUCGUCAUGAGCGAUCAGGGCAGGCACGUUCAGGACUUUGUGAUCAUGCGGCCUCUGAUUUUGACUGCUGGUGGCGCGACAGAAGAAGGGUGGGAGUGGGGACUUAGCGAUGCUGGCGCUCGGGAUGGUCAGAGCCUUCGGGAGAGGGAGCCUGGGCCGGUUGUAGGAUACUUUGUCAGUCGCGAGGAUGUAGGAAAGUUCAUUUUUGAGAAGGUGGUGGGUGCAGCCAAUGUCAUGAUUCUCUGA